GCGUCGCAAUGACUAAAUUUAGCUCAGAUGUUUACCAGCCAAUCACGACGAAGCUGGUCCUUCUCUAGCAUCAGACUAUCUUUGUUCUAUACUGCAUGAGUAAUAAAGAUAGACUAUACGCUGAUAGCGCUGAAAGCGUGCAAGUCGAACGUAGUCCACAUGUAAUUUCCCGCGCAAGAAGUUAACCACUGCAUAAUACUGGAAGUAAUAUUUUACACGCUUACACGAAGAUCAAUCCGACUGUAGCAGAUAAUGGCCGAACAUGUUGAUUGUUUUGUUAAUAUGACAAGUAUUUCAACAAUUUAAGUAGUUCUGAAUUUGUGUCGUCAAGAAUUGAUAAUUGUCAAAAAAUCAGUUAUUUCAAAUUGUUAAUCUAAACAUGAAGAAACGUCAAUUAUCACAGAAAAAGAUUACUGCUGCUACUAAUAUUGAAAAAUCUCAGAGAAAGAUUUCGUCAUUUUUUACAAAACUUCCAAAACCUGAUAUAAGCAAUAAUAAAACUGUAUUGGAUGUAAGUUGUUCAUCAGACAAUUCAGUCGAUAAGAAAAGAAAAGAAAGGCCCGAUACAUCCCAAGAAUAUAUAAAUGUUAAAAGACAAUGUACAAAUGAUCAUAUGUUGAAAGAUCCUUGCAUUAUCAAGAAAGAAAAUAUCAAAUUCUUUGAAGAUUUAGUAUUAUUAUCUGUAUUAAAAGACAAUGAUGUAUAUAAUAGUUGCAAAGAAAACAAAGUGGAACAUGAGCAAACUGAUGCAUUGCUCCAAAAAGUCACUAAAACAGAGAUAAACGCUCUAUCACCAGUAAAAACCGAGCAUGAUAUAACGAGAUUGCAAAAUUCUGACGGUGCUGAAGAUGUAAAUGUUUCAGAAGUCGUACAGAAUAAUAGCCAUGUUCUCAAAGAGUCACAAGAUAUGAAUAUCGUUGCUCUGAAGUCAUCUCCUGCUAAGGAAAUGAUUGAUCAAAACAGAGUGAAGUUACUUAAUCUGAAAAAAAUGCAAGCUUUCGAAGAUUUUGUUGAAACUACAGAUAAAGAUGAGUUUAAGGAUUUCUUUGAUGAGGAAUGGCAUGCACAAAUUGACCUUACCACCUUUCAGCGGUGCAAAGUAAUUGACAUGAAGCAUGAGUCACGAGUUACUACCUUAAGAGUGCAACAUGCAGAGUCCGAGUCCGUUGAUACCGUUGCGUGUUCAGAAUUCUGGAAGGACGUGCGAGUGAAAACCGAUGAUAUCGUCAUGAUACAGGCUGAAAAGAAGUCGCAACAGUGGAUCAUCGACAAUAACAACGGUUUUCUCGUUACGCAACCUGAUAUAUUGAUAUCAGGUACCACAAUAACGAGUGGUUUGUUCUGUAACAGACGAGCGGUGUUAAACGAGAAGUUCAGGAAGAUAGAAUCACUACCGAACCAGGACGGUGAUUACACCAUGAUGACCGUGGGAUCUCUGGUUCAUCAGUGGUUACAGAAGGCUCUGCGGGAGAACGUUCAUGCACUGUCCGACGUGAUCAAGCUGUUAGAUGACAUACUACGAUCGAAGGACACGAUAGACUAUCUCUACGCAUCGGAAAUGACGCUGGCGGAUUGUCGGAAACGCAUGAUGGAGUACGCGCCAAGGAUAUUCGAGUUCAUUCAGCAUUAUAUCAAAGGUAACAAACAGCAGCAUAUAAACAGGUUGAAAGACAACUUUCAGGGGAGCAUCUGCAACAUACAGGAUAUCGAAGAGAAUAUUUACGUACCAAAGUUGGGUAUAAAGGGAAGGAUAGACGUGACAGCAGAGGUGAAGAUCCAUUCGAAAAGAAAAGUUAUGCCGCUAGAGUUGAAAACUGGAAGAGCUUCCUAUUCGUUCGAACACAAGGGCCAAGUUAUUUUGUAUCUCAUGAUGAUGGACUUCAGGAACCAAGAGAUCGAUACCGGCCUCCUGUUAUACCUGAAAGAGAAUGCAAUGCAAGAGAUUAAGUAUAACCAUCAUGAGAAAAGAGAUCUGAUAUUAUUACGGAAUACGUUGGCGCAUUAUUUUGCCAUAAGACCUGAUUUUCAGGACACGAGCUUGGAUUUGAAAGCAAUGGAAUUGCCGGAACCGAUCAAUCAUCACAGUGCAUGCCUCAAAUGCCCUUAUCAGACUGUGUGCUGUGCGUAUUUGACGAGGGACCCGAACGUAGAUUUGAAACCGUCACACCCGCUGACACCGUUGAUGAAAGAGCUGCUCGACAGCAUCGGGUCUAGUCAUUUGGAUUACAUUAUGAAAUGGAUUGCGUUGCUGCAGCUGGAGGAAAACUACGAGAGUAACAACAAUAAUUCAAGCAAUCUAUGGACAAUGAGUCCCGAGAAGAGAGAAGCGAGAGGGCUGUGUAUCUGUAAUUUAAAGGUUCUAGGAAAGGUGGUGGAGCAGGACAAAAGGUAUCAGCAUACAUUCGCACGCGUUAACAUCACGGGAAAGACCAUCGAGAACGGCACGAUUCCCAGAGCGUUUAAGAAGAACGAUUACGUUAUUAUUAGCACGGAUACGCGAAUUAACAUGGUCGCCGGACAUAUAAUGCAUGUUUCGCAUGACACCGUAACAGUCCUAUUGGACAAGGAUAUUACACGCCAGCAUGCACACUCAAUUUUUCAUAUCGAUAAGUAUCCCUUUACUGGGAUUUAUCUGUCCACGUUCAAUUACGCAAAUGUGGCUGGUCUGUUGCACAAUGAUGAGAUCAGCAUUAAGCUUCGUCAUAUCGUCAUCGACAGGAGACCGGCUACAUUCGUGGAGAAGUUACCUCGUUCGGUCGUUUCCACUAGCACCAAGAUAUUAAGCGAUCUCAACGAAGAUCAGCAAAGGGCCGUGCUGAAAGCGGUAGCUGCCAACGACUAUGUCCUGAUAAAGGGUAUGCCGGGCACGGGAAAGACGCAGACGCUGGUAGCUCUGAUAGAGCUGCUGCAGGAGUUGGGGUCGAGUGUGUUGAUCACUGCAUACACGCACAGCGCGGUAGACAACGUUCUGCUCAAGCUGUUGGAACGAAACAUCGAUUUUCUACGUUUAGGUUCAACGAGGCAGAUCCAUCCGCUAUUGACGUGCAAGAGCGAGGAGUACGCGAUCGCGAGCUGCGACUCGCCAGAAAGCCUGGAGACCCUCUACAAUAGUAAACGUAUUAUCGGCGUGACGUGCUUCGGCGCGUAUAACGCUCUCCUCAGGAGACGAUCUUUCGACGUGUGCCUGGUGGACGAGAGCGCGCAGAUCAUGCAGCCCGCGGUACUGCGACCAUUGUACAGCGCGCGUAAAUUUGUCCUCGUGGGCGAUCCAGAUCAGCUGCCACCCAUCGUCAGGAACAAAACGGCUGUGAGACUCGGCGCGGACGAGUCUUUGUUCGUCCGGCUGGAUACCGACAACAACACUGUCAAGCUAUCGAAACAGUACAGAAUGAAUGGGAGGAUUAUGAAGCUGGCGAACGACAUGACGUAUCGCGGCAGGCUGGUGCCAGGUAACAGGCAAGUGGAGAACGCGAUCUUAACCGGCGAGAACAUGGAGCGGAUUCUCUCUUGUGAGAAGUGGAUAAGAAAUGCACUCUCCAGGAAUCCGGAUGAUUCCGUGGUGAUACUUGAUACUGGUAGGACGUAUAAUUUAAAGCCUCAUCACGAGAAUGGCACAUUGGAUCAAGCGUACGCCAAUGUCUGGGAAGCUGGUAUUGUCUCGCGUCUUGUCCAGGUGCUCAUGGAAGCGGGCGUGCACGCGAGGAACAUAGGAAUUAUUGCGCCUUAUAAUGCUCACGUAAAUUUGCUGAAAAAAAUUGUAGAUAAGGAAGUAGAAGUGAAUACUGUCGACCAGUAUCAAGGACGUGACAAGGAUGUUAUAUUAUAUUCGUGUGCGAAGAGCGUAGAGCAUGACACGAAAAAGGAAUUCGAGAUAUUGGAUGAUCAGCGACGUUUGACGGUAGCUAUCACUCGUGCGAGAUACAAGCUCAUCAUAAUCGCUGAUAAAGUCACGUUGACGAGAUAUACGCCGUUCAAAAAUCUGUUUGACGUCAUCAACGAGAAGAACGUGAUAAGUCUACAAGAUGGCGAAGAGGAUUUUAACUGGAAAAACCUCAUUCGUGAAACUGAUAGUAUUAAUCACGAGAAAGAGUUGAAGAAAGACUGCUAAACCAGAUAUUUCAGUGAUAAAAAAAACAGCGUAUAUACAACGACUGAAAAUAGACUGAGAUGAUAAAUUAAUAUUUGAGUUUGAGUAAUGUUUAAUAUACAAAUAUGUAAUGUAUCGAAAUACGAGAUAUUAUAAAAAAUAUGUUUAUUUUGACAAUACACAUGCAUAAUGUUUUUUAACUUAUUAAAACAGUAAUUUGCAUAUUAUUCUUUCCGGUUUUGUAGAUGACUCAUAGGUAACUAUGUUAAUAUUCAACGACAAGCGUGUACGAGAAUAAUAUACAUAUGAUAUAAUCUAGAAAAUCUUUACGAGUUGUAAGUCUCAUGACUUUUAAAACAACAGCCGUUACUGUUGUGAAACUAAUACGGCAUGGGGAAUCAGAAAAAAAAA